ACUCUAAUUUAUUUGUUGUCAUCGAUAAACCCGAACUGAUAAGAAUUUUAAUUACAAUUAGUUUGACCCAUACAACUUUUUAUCCUUCUUGUCCCAGCAUAUUAAAGUCUUAUUUUGUUUUAAACAUGCCAGGAUAUCUACCCGAUUCUGAUAGUGAGGAUGAAUUACCUCCAGGAUGGGAAGAAAGAGCCACUGACGAUGGUCAUGUUUUCUAUACAAACCACCAAAACAAAGCAACGCAAUGGGUUCAUCCCAGAACUGGAAAAUCAAAGCGUGUGUCUGGCGAACUGCCAAUUGGAUGGGAGAAGAUACUCGAUGAAAAAACCAAUCGUCCAGCAUUUCUGCAAAAGAGUACCAACCAGUUGACUUAUACAGAUCCACGUCUAGCGUUUGCUGCCGAAGUACCAACAAUGAACAUAGCCGAAGUACGUCAACGUUUCGAUUCCAGUACAACUGCACUUCAAGUACUCCAUGGGAAAGAUCUUUCAGGCAAAUUAGCCGUAAUAACUGGAUGCAAUGUUGGCAUUGGCCUAGAAACAGCAAGGUCAUUGGCAUUACAUGGUUGUGAGGUGAUCUUCGCGUGUAGAAAUCAACAAUCAACUGAGGAGGCAAUACAAAAGAUUGCCCACGAAAAAUCAGCUGCCGGACGGAAAUGUCGAUUUAUGCUUCUUAAUUUGAGUUCAUUGCAAUCUGUAAAGAAUUUCACUAAGGAACUAAAGCAAACUGUAAAUCAUGUUGAUUAUCUGAUUUUGAAUGCUGGUGUAUUUGCACUUCCCUACUCGGUUACCGAAGAUGGAAUAGAAACUACAUUUCAAGUUAGUCAUUUAUCACAUUUUUACCUCACUAUGGAACUAGAGUCAUUGUUUGAUCAUAAAACUAGAGUUGUUGUUUUAUCAUCAGAGUCACACAGAUUCUCUACCCUACCCGCAGAUCAUUUGACCGAACAACAUCUAUCACCGCCUCCGGCAAAGUUUUGGAGCAUGAUGGCAUACAACAAUGCCAAAUUGUGUAACGUGCUCUUUUCCAUGCAUCUCGCUGAGAAAUGGAAAAAUCGAGGAAUAUCUGUAUUUUCUUUGCAUCCAGGGAAUAUGGUUUCAACCAAAAUCAGCCGAAAUUGGUGGUUCUAUCGUUUGCUCUUUGCAAUUGCCCGGCCAUUUACUAAAUCAGUGCAACAAGCCGCAGCAACAUCGGUCUACUGUGCAACGGCCACUGAACUCACCGGCCUUACUGGAUUAUAUUUCAAUAAUUGUUUCUUUUGUGAACCAAGUAAAUUGGCACAGAGUAAAAGUUUGGCAGAGCAAUUGUGGCAAUUAAGUGAGAAUAUGAUUAAAAACAUAACAUCCUCCUCCUUCGAGCAACACUGAUUGUAAGAUAGUUUGAUAUCUGAUAGGUCAUCCAUUCAAUGAUUGAAAGUUCAUAUACAUUCAAAGCAAUUUAAUGGGUUCGAUGUAAUCAUUAUUAUGCUUUAAAUACACUUGCUUGUCUUCAUCUUCAUCAUCAUCAUUAUGAUGUCUAUUACAAUAUAAUUAGUCAAUUGAUUAACUCAUUUUGUUUGAUAAGAUGUAUGUAAGAUAUUUUAUCAAUACGCAAUAUAUAAAUAAUUAACAUUUUGUCUAAAAAAUAAGUUUGCUUUAUAUUAAGUGAUUAUUUAAAGUAAUAAAGAAUUUUAUUCACAAAUUUUACUAAUAA